AUGGGUCUGGGAGAGAAGAGAACCAUUACUUACGGCAGCAAGAAUACCAAACGCAGGCGGCAGGUGCAUUUGGCACCCAUUGAUAUCGAUCAUCUUCCACCAGACUCGUUCCUUACUGCGCCGAUGAACUCCACCAACUACACAUCAUCACUACCCAACCAGCCCAACCGCCCGCAGUCGCAGAGGGAAGCAAUCAUGUCUGUCGAACCGACGCAAGAGGCUGUCGAUGAGGUGGUCAUGUUCACGAUGACCUCCGUGGGAAAUGCGAGGAAGUGGUUGAGUGUUACCAACAACGAUACGUCCAAGGCUGUCAAUUCUAUCCUUGAUGGAGCGGACUUUUCGCAAUAUCAAAAGGACAACGGAUGGGAUGACACAUUGUUCAACACAGAUCGAGAAGGAAACCAGAACCUCCAGCCGCUCGGAAGCAGCACCAAUCCCACGAGAGGACCGUCGCCCGCGCCGUCAGUAGCGAGCACCAGGCCAAAGACGAAAAGCGACGAGGAUCGAGAACUGGAAGCAGCGAUUGCAGCGUCGAGGCAGGAGGCUGGCAUAGAUGCUACCUGGCAGCAAGAGACUGGCACCAUCAAUCAGAAUGGCACAGAGAAACAGAGCUUUGGUCCAGCAACACAGGCAGAAUACGAGAACGCUCAGUGGGCGCUCGUACCCUUCCAGCAAGAAGUGGUUCCAGACGUCCCUUUAGCCGACAGGAUACAUCAAGAAGGCAAGCCGCACUUUCUGAAGCACUUACCGGAUGGAGACUACACGCCCAACCUGCUCACUAUCUGCCAUGCGAUACCUCAGGCCAGGACUUGCUUGCUCAUGAAUCAGUACGAGAAGGACGACUAUGGCUUUGAUCAGGAAUGGUGGCAUGGACAUCCGAUUGCAAUGCCCAAGAUUGUGAGCACCGCAGAUCAGGCACCAGCUCAACCAGAGGACGAUAGGCACAACGAGCUUGUGAUGGAGAUGCAGCGACUGAUGGCGUUUUUGGACAGCAGCGAUCGCGCAUACGCUACCAUUGGAGCUCUGACCCAGACCGAGGCCAUCAAGGAUAAUCAGGGGUUCAGUGCAGGAUCGCUUCUUGAGCUGCUUCUGAACAGCUGGCGUACUGCCGCGCUUCAGUGCAUAGAAGAUGGUGUGUCGUGUCCGUACGACACAGCCAGCAUGAAGGCAGCGUUUGAGAGGCUAUUCACCAGUAUCGUCAACACUGACGAUUCCGAGGGCAUGGACAACAGACACCUAGGAUUGGUGGACCUCAAAGUGGACACCGACCCCGACAAGGUUGGCUUAACACCACUCUCCGAACUUAUCGGCGGUCAUCUCUGGAAGAACGAUGUGGACAUUAACAAUUACAUCGAAACUCCGGCCGACGUGCUGGUCAUGAGGAUUAAUCAGGAGAAAGCUGGCUGCAAUUUGGGCGUGGACGUGCCUCAAGAAUUUCACCUUGACAAGUUUCUGAAGGAGAACAUCGACGUGACACAACAGCUGAGAAGGCAGAUGGCACAAGCCAGAGCACGCGUCGACAAGAUUGCGCAGAUCGAACAAAAGCUCAGCAGCUGGGUGCUUCCGACGACAGGCAAGAGGGUGGAUGCAAAGCAGAUGCUCAAGCAUACCAUCGGUCACUUCUCCGGGCAGAAUCGCAAGGACAUUGAUGAGGCGGACCAAUCGAACAGCGCUCCCUUGGGGCACGAGGUGUCGGAAGAGUCCCAGGCCAUCGCGGCACAGCUCCAACAGGCCAUGGCGAGUGUUGAAGACAAGCUGGAGCGGCUCAAGGUUGAGAAGGAGAAGUUUCAGAAGCUCGUCACUGAUCUUUCGGCAUCGAAUCCGCCUGGCCUCCACGAGACGGACCUCAAGCAUCGCUACACACUUCGAGGUGUUGCUACCAAGCCGAAUGUCACUUACGUCCUGCGACCGAAGGCAAUGGCACCGAUACAGGUGACUGAAACUGAGGAUACAGACAUGCUACUGCCAAAGCAAGCCGAUGAGCAGGAGUACGAAUGGUGGCGAAUCGAGUACACCGUCAAUGGAUCUACCGCCUCGAUCUCGAACGAAGUCUUCACACCAGAGGAGAUAGUGCUUCAAGCUGUGCAGGUCGAACACAGCUCUGCACUCCUCGUCUAUGCCAGCGACGAUGCUUGCGAACCAGUCGACGACGAUGGACUUCCCGAAGCAUUACAAAACUUCGUCACACGGGACAAUGAAUCGUUCAAGGCGGAGCUUAACAAGCCCCCAGCAUACAGCGACCUCACCGGACCUGAUCUCAACGACAUCCCCCGUGCCUCCAUCGAGCGAAGAGGCUCUAACGACAGCAUGGCAGCCGCAGGCUCUGUGGACGGAGAUCGCGAUCUGGACAUCCACGAUCAUCAGCAUUCGAACUACAACUUGGGUUACGACGUCGGCAAAUCUCAAAUGGAGGUUGAUGUUGUGGACGAUCGACCACCCACUCCGGUGCAUGAUAUUGUGCUUCCAGAUGAGCCGGCUGAGGGGAUGGAGAUGGAGAUGGUGGAGAAGGCGCACGAGCCUCUCGUGCCGAGGAUGCCUAAUGGUAAUGUCGCUGGCACUAAUGGUGAUGGUGACACUACCAUGGGUGGUGUUGGCGCGAGCCAGGAUGAUGGUGUGGGUGGUGCGACGGGUGGUCGUCGAACCGAAUAG